UCUUGCUGCUCCCAUGGCAGGCUCCGGAGGUGCACGCUUUCAAAGUUUGACUGGGGAAUAGAGGGAACAGUGGAUACGGCAGCAGCAUCGCCCCGUCGGGAAACAGACCCGAGGCGAUCAUCAUCUGAAAGGGAAAAAAGGACCGCAGCUGGCCGGGGAGUGUCUGACUCCGGCGAUAAGAACAAUAGGAGAGAUGACAGAUCGGAUACCCGAUUUAUAAAUGGAAAACACAAGAAGGUUAAUGUAACACAGUGUUUGCUGAAAGGAGGGUCUCCCGGCUGCAGCCUCCCCCUCAGCCAUGCCGCUUGUAUUCCGCACGCUGUUGUUCGGCUUUGUAACGCUGCUGGUUGUGGUUCUGAUAAUAGAUGAUAUUGCAGAAGUGGAAGAAGAAAUCGCAAAUACUGGGCAUUCAAAGAAGAUGAACUUGCACCGGCUCAUCCCUAAACCGCACAGAAAGGCUGCAGGACACAUGGAUCCAACUGCCUUGACAAGAUUGAGCAAAGAUCGCCUCGGCCCAAGCUACAAUAACACUGCCAAGCUCUCGUCAAACAGCUGGACCUUCAACAAGACUCUCUCCAACCUCAUCAGGAAGAACAUUCUGAGAUUUCUUGAUCCAGAGAGAGACAUCUCCAUUCUGAAGGGCACGCUGAAACCAGGAGAUAUCAUCCACUAUGUUUUUGACCGACACAGCACCACAAACAUCUCAGAAAAUCUCUACCGUCUUUUGCCAACUGUAUCCCCCAUGAAGAACCAACAUCACAGGCGCUGUGCUAUUGUGGGAAACUCUGGGAUCCUGCUGAACAGCAGCUGUGGACCCGAGAUUGACUCACACGACUUUGUUAUCAGGUGUAACCUGGCACCAGUGGAGGAAUACUAUCGGGAUGUGGGUUGGCGGACCAACUUGGUGACCAUGAACCCUUCAGUGGUGCAGCGGGCCUUCCAGGACCUGGUCAGCAAGGAGUGGCGACGCUUCUUGCAGCGGCUUCAAAGCCUCAGCGGCAGUGUGCUGUGGAUCCCAGCCUUUAUGGCCAAGGGGGGAGAGGAGCGCGUGGAGUGGGCCCUCCGUCUCAUCCUGCUACACACUGUGGACGUACGCACCGCCUUCCCCUCCCUUCGCCUUCUCCACGCUGUCAGAGGGUAUUGGCUAACCAACAAUGUCCACAUCAAGCGUCCGACCACUGGGCUCCUCAUGUACACGAUGGCCACUCGCUUCUGUGAAGAGAUCCAUCUUUACGGCUUCUGGCCCUUCCCACUCGACCCGCAGGGCAAACCAGUCAAAUACCACUACUACGAUACUCUGAAGUACGAGUACACUUCCAGCUCGAGUCCCCACACCAUGCCUUUGGAGUUCAGGACCCUGAGCACAUUGCACAGACAGGGGGCGCUCCGGCUCCACACUGGGACCUGCGAUGUAGAGAGGAGACCACAAAAGGCGCUCCAGAGCAAAUAGCUGAAAGGGAGGUCUCCACGGAAGCCACUUUCUUGACUGAGCAGACUCUGUACAAACAGUUUUCUUGUUAAUGUACUUUUAUGAAACUUGAGUUAACUUAAUUCUCAGUAAUUGGAAUGAACUUUUUCUAUUUUGAGCACUUUAGCGGCUUGUUUCACUGGUGUGUUUUACCUUUUCAAAAAAAUUUGAUUUCUAUGGCAACCUUCAAAAUAAUGAGACCCUUUUCUUUUGUCAGUCUCCUUUCUGCUGGUGUAAGCCAACUGUUCAUGGAGAUCCUGUCAUGUCCAUCUGUUGUCUCUUUUAUAUUCCUUACAUUUUAAACUGCCACAGUCCUUCCAGUGUUGUUAUGGAUUAAGGAUUCAGAACACAUUUUUCUGUUUUCAAAAUUGGUCAUGAGACUCCAUGAAUUAAUAUUCUCAGUUUAUGGUAUAAUAGGGCUCCAUUAAGGUUGUGUUGUAUUAUACCCAGCAUGUCAACAGCAUGAAGAGCUGCCGAAUGAAUCGCUCUUGUGAGUCACUGGUUGGGCCACAAGAUGGAAGCACUUAAUAAUCAGGGAGAGUGAUGAUAAAAGAAGAAAUGUUGGUCAACCGCUCAAACACUUGUUUUUAAUAUGAUGAACCCUUUUGAUUAGGAUCUUUUUUAAAAGAGCUGAUGUAAUGUUCAAUUUGUGAUAACACAUUUUCCUCUGAUAGAGAAUGUUUUAUGCUUUUGUAGCUUCCUAAAAAGGAUCUUAACUGGUGUUCACUCUAAAACAGGUCAUUUAUAAGCAAGAAUUCAAGGAGCCCAGUCAACCAGAACUGCCAUUUGAGGAAGUCAGGUUACCUUGAGAGCCAAAGGAAGGAAUGGAAGCUCGCUGAAAUGUACUGUAUGCUUGUGUAACAGCUGUUCACAUAAGAAUGUUUACACAGACACAGCCAACGGUAAACUCACUUUGUAAACUUUUCUCAAAGAACACCAGCCCUGUUUCUGCACUGGGAAUGUUUGCAGUGAGGUCAUACUAUAGUAGUGCAGUGGUAGUGAAAAGUGCUUUGCUUUUUUUUAAAUGAAUGUAUUGGUGAUAUUCUUACAAAUUCUGUAAGAAAGGCCCCAAAAUGUGCUUUAAAUGAAUUCCUAGACAUUUAGCAACAGUUUCAGUGCAGUGACACUGAAGCUGAUUACUUGUAUGCCUUUUAUUCAUUUGAAAUUAUGUAUGAAUUAUACUUGUAUAGUUAGUUUGGGUUAGCAUUCAACUGAUAUAGGUAGAUACAGAUAUUUGUGGAUUUUAUUAAAGCUGCCAGUAUUUUGUGCCUAUAAUCAAUAAAUUUGAUCCAUUUAAAAGUGGACAGUUCAUAUGCCCAGU